AUGAGCUGGACGAGGGUCGCCAGUGCCGGGCAGGCGGUCGCGGCUCACGCGUUGCUCUUGUCGUUCACGCUCCUCCUCGCACUCGAGGUCGAUCGGAGGGUCUAUUACUCCUGGUGGUGAGGUCCCUGGCCGCUAGCUUUUUCCCCCCCUCCCCGCCGCUCUACGCGUCCUUCCUCUUAUUUUUGAUGGAAUUUGGUUUCGGGCUUUCUGAUUUCCUCCCCGAAAAUGAAACAUUAAUCCUCCAAUUCGUCGUGUUUGAUGCAUUGUUUAUUUGUAGAACCUCAUGCAUGGAUGAUGCCGUUAGUGUGUUUCCAAGGCACGAUUAGCUCCACCUAACGUUAAAUUUUGUGUAUUCGGAGAAAAUUGGCACGAUUAGUAUGCUACCCUACUGUUCUCGAUUGGUUAGUCCAAGGAUUUCGUCCUGUCGUUCUUUACCAGAUUAUCUCAUGAGAAGAUUACUGGCAAUAUUUUCGUAAUGAUUUCUCCACCGGUAUCAUAUUAGUACCUUCUCUUAGAAGAUACAGCAUUUAAAGGAGUGAAUGAUAAGUUGUAUCCUGCUUUGACGAAGUUUUCCAUUUUUUUUGCAUAAACUCUUAGAAUAUUGAUCACAGGAUGGAAGGUUAUGAUGAGCUUAGACUUGAGUAGCAUCAGAUGACGUAAUAACCUUGCUACCUUAUCCUAAAUCUCUAGUACAAGUAAACUUGUGAAAGUUAUGAGGUGAAGGUAGAAUAUAAAUGAAUUGAAUGAGGAAUAUUCAUUUUACUUUAAUAUUUCCUAACAUGUUCACUUCCUGCGUCAGUUGCUUCAUAUAUAAUCUUGCAACCUAUUUAGCAUAUUUCUAUUAGUUUUAUGUGGAAAAAACUCAAUGUUAUAAUGAUGGGACGUAAUUAUUCCCCAAGAUUGUAGAAAAUGGAGCCAUAAACAAAUUGGUGGUAAAUUAUUUUGCAUCAGUGUUUAUUUUCUGUCCCUGUCUAUUUGGACUGACCUUUUUAAAAAACAAUUAAAGCAGGAUGUAUACCAAUUGAGCCCCAGGACGAAUUGGAGAGUAUUCGUACAUGGAAAAUUCUGGACUUUGUCCUAGGCUUUUCAUGAUUUAUUGGUUUUCGGAGUUGAACUUGUGAGAGAAUUGUCACCUAAUCAGGCCAGACUUAUGAAAAUGCAUCAUUUGUUGCCACCUUUUUUCUAUAGAGUUUCCUUUCCCUAAUUUUUAUUUUAUUUGAAUGAGAACUUAUGUUUGCCAUUUUAUGUUAAAAUCUUGAUACACAUGGAUUCUAACGUAGUACAAUUACACUCCACUUUAUCUCUGAAUCAAAUACAUGUUCGGAGGACAAAUUGUUUCCUACCUUGGAGUCGUACCUAUCUUAAAUAUGAGCGAAACUGAUACAAUAAUUGGAGCUGGGUUGUCGUCCUUUUGGAUUUUAGGUAUAUUUGCCUUACUGUGCUAUUAAAAGGAUCGCUUUACUUACCAUAUACUGCAAUCCAUUUUAACUAUCAAAGAGUCAUCAGAUGUUCUCUAUAUUUUUACCUCUAUUAAGGCAUUCAAUCAUUAUGUGUACUUGCAAUAUUGUCUGCUUUUUUUAUUGUUAUUUUAUUUUUUCAGGGUGAUUUUUGCCCCACUUUGGCUAUUUCAUAUAGUUGUUGCACGUGGCCGGUUUUCCUUGCCUGCUCCAGCAUUACCUCACGGUCGGCAUGUAUGGUUCCUUAUUUGUCUUGACUCUAGGUUCCUUAUUGUUCUAUACUAUAUCCACUCAUGUCCACAUGAUGACCUGCUGAUAGAUCAUAUUUGUUAUUGUUUGCUUGUAGUGGGCACCUUGUCAUGCUGUCGUGGCAACUCCACUGCUUGUUGCAUUUGAACUACUCCUUUGUAUUUAUCUGCAGAGUGUCUAUGGUAUGUACUCGGAGGCUCCAAACUUAGGAACUGAGCGGAAUAGAAUUAAUGUGUGAUGCUAUCAUUUUCACAUUUUAUUCCAUCCGUCCCAUUUCCCUGUUAUUUAGUUCAUGCAUAUGCUUUGACAAAUUGCACAAAAUUGCAACAAGAUUGGUUUUCCCAGCGGCCAAAUUGCACAAAAUUCUUAGAGGCUAAAUUGCAUAUCUUGUAUCGUAUUAAUUUGAACUUUUGCAUGCAGUUUAUGGUCACCCAGCGGUAAACUUGAAGAUUGUUUUUCUUCCACUUCUGGCUUUCGAGAUGAUAAUUCUUAUUGACAAUUUCAGGUACUUUCUUCUGCUGAGUCUCUGGCUUUCUGUUUUCACUUGCUAUUGCUGCUCUUGCUUCUGUUUUGUGUGUUCUGUCUGGAUACAUUCUUACUAUUUCUUGACUUGUAUACCAUUUGACCUUUCAUAGAUAGAUGUCUUAUGACUCAAAGGAUGUAUAACAUUUAUUAAUUUUAUGAAUAAUAGCAUGCUCGAUGACAUACAAGUAUAGGCCUGAUAGUUUGUCUCUCUUUAUACCGGUUAUGAUGAUAAUGUCAACUGUGAUACCCUAUUGAGGUCUUCAAACUAUUUGUCAAGCCCUUUAAAGUCCCACAUCCUUUUUCUUAGCAUUUCGCCUGUCACAUACCUUUAUUGACAGUCAUAGCCUAUCGGAUGUCACUUUGUGAUCAAAAUUGUUAGAACUAUCUUCUUCACAUACAUAAAUAUGGGUUUGUCCGGCUUCUUUAUUUAAAAGAUUAUGCAGAAAGUAGAUCAUGGUAACUCAUCCCUGCUUGCCCAUGAUACCUGAUCUUUUCUCUGCAUACUAUGUCACCAUUUAUUGGACUGGGUUACUGAAGUGGUGUAUAUUUCAUGCUUUGGUUUCAGAUAUUUCAAAAGGCGAAGGUAACUUUUUUUUAUAAGUGGUGAAAUUGCAUCGACUUUUCUUCUUGAUCUCGUGGAUAUUUUUAAUGGUACUAGCUUUUUGUUCAAUGCUAGGCGUCUUUUAUUUUAAUUAAAAAUUUUAAAUCAAAAUAUUUUUCCCUGUGACAUUUCGCUGUGGUAAUUGGUUUUCAACUGUGGUAGUUUAUGUAGCUGAAAGUAAUGUGAUUAACAGGGCAGAUGGAAUGGUAUGAUUGGUAUUCGUCCUCACAAAAGAAACAUGCAUCUGUAAUAUGGGGGCUGAUGGAGUUUUUAGCUACCUAGAAAUAGAAACUCUGACAUAUCAGGGUGAAUAGUUGGAUAAAUGGUCUACCUAUCCUUUUUCUUUUUUCAUUCUGGUCUAUUUCUUCUCUAAGGAUGUUGAGUACCCUUUACUCUCUUCGCUAUGUGUUGCUUACACCACCUUAAAUGAAUGUGUGAUUCAGCACCUUCCACAAAAUGAUUGAAUCUGAGCCGUGAGUGAAAGUAAAUUAUUUUUUAAUGAAGGUGAGACAUUUAUAAUUAUGUGCUCAUUGUUAAUGGAGCUUAACUAGUUUUUGUAAAGUGCAUUGCAUUUCUAAAGAUAUCACAUAUGCAUGUGUGAUGUUUCAGUGUACAAGUAAUGGCCAAUCUGUGUGAUGCUAAGUCAAUAGUGUUUUGUUUAAGCAGGAUGUGCAGGGCUCUAAUGCCAGGAGAUGAGGAAAGCAUGACCGAUGAAGCCAUAUGGGAGACACUUCCAGUGAGCUUUCUUUCUAAAUCACCUCUUGGAAUUUCUUUUGGGCCCAAUUUUGUGGUAUAUUUCAAGCAUACGUUGUAACAAAUAGAACUGUAAUUUCAUACGAUUUUCGUAUAUUUCAGUAAGUUUUCGUGGUUAUGUUAUAGUGAGUGCUACAUCUCUGACUGAUGUGUAUAGAAGUACUCUGUAUUUUGCCAUGGUCAAAGUCAAUACCUUAUUCCUUGUAGAAAGCAAAACGAUUUUUUUAAGGCCAGAAGAGGAAGUCACAUGAUAAUCAUUAAACUAGCUGAUGCUUAGGUUGUGAUCAGCUUGGUUUUCUAACUUAUAAGUUUGCAGUUCCUGUUCAUGUUGUCUUUUCAGAAUAUGCCCUCUCUAACUUAGAAUUCUCUCUGGUGAUUUUGUUAAGAGGAAAAGCAUGAAGUUGUGGCUUGACAAAAUAUGGGGGAAACCUCGUUUAGGCAAUUUGACAAAAUAAGAUUGGUUUUUCAUGGAAGGUUAAAUAUUCUAUAUAAUGAACGUAAUUUGUAACAUUCUUGACAUGUGUUGUCUCUCCUAUUGUUUGAAUUUGCUGUUGGGAUCGUGGGCAUAUAGAUUUUUGGGGUUUUCCUCCCAUGUCAUUGAUUGGGAAUAUAGGAGUAUAUUUAACAUAAUUGUCUCUCAGUUAUCCUCGUUUUCCUCCCAUGUCUCUUAGUUAUUGCGACUUUCUAUUUAAAUUUCCUCUCAUACCUUAGACUCGGGAAUAUAGGAGUAUAUUUAACAUAAUUGUCAAUAUUCUAACUUCUUUGAGCACGUUUUUCUGAUCAAGUAUACUUUAUAAUUUCCUGAUUUCUUAAUGUUAUUUUUAUAAUAUGUCUUGUUGAUGUUAAAUGUCUUGUGUGAUUUGUUUUGGCUACGGAUUCUGUUGAGAUACCAUUCUCGCUGACUAUUUUUCUGCUUUCCUUUCUAGCAUUUCUGGGUUGCUAUAUCAAUGGUUUUUCUUGUUGCUGCAACAACGUUCACACUUCUUAAAUUAUGUGGUAAUUCAUUCAUCUGAAUUUUCCAUCUUUAUUUUAGUCAAUUCUGUGUUUUAUCUGUACUUUCUGAACAUUGAUAGUUUUACAGAACCUUUUCUAAAACUGUUGGUAUCAACCGUUCAUAUUGAUUCUAAUAUACCAUUCAGAUGGAAAAUAAUGUCAGUUCGAUGGCAGUGCAGAUACGGCUGGUGAGGCUGUAAAUGUCCAUAGAGUUUCUUCCAGGAAGUUCUCGGGAUUGAUGUAUUAGAAAGCACACUCGUGGGAUGUUGCCUGCCAGUGUCUGGUUUUAGAAGUCAUUUGGCUACAUUGUUGAUGUACUAAAGUAGUAGAUAAUGAAUGUCUAUUUCUAAUUUCGGUUAAAAUAGCAGAAGCCAAUUUGAACUUUGCAGAGACCAGGUUAUGGAUGUUUUGUGUCAUCUUGAUAAUGAAGGCUUUAAGGCAUAAAUUAUGUUCUUUAAUUUUUUGUGCUCAUUUCUCAGAAAUUUAUCUUUACUUUACAAAAGCAUUCAUUUGCAACGUGUCUAAUAUUACCAAGAAAGUUGUUGGAUCACUUUUUAUCCUGUUCUUUUUACAGUACCAAGUGUGGAUGGAUUUCCCAUUUGAUUAUUGUAUAGGGCUUGGCACUGCUUAUAAAAGAGACCUCGAUUUGUGAAAUACUUUUUUGAUCUGUAGAUUUCAAAUGGGGGUUACCAUGUUCAGAAUCAAAUAUCCAGAGUAGCACAUCCGUAGAGUUCUAGAUUUUGAAAUCGGCCAUCCUUUAUCACUAAAUCGAGUAUUGCCAUCAUUCUGAUAUUUUUUAUGAUGUCAUUAGCAUGAUGGAUUGAGGAUGAUGGAUUUUUUAUGCACAAUGGUCUGUUUUAUUCCUUCUGAAAAACACAACACUAUGGCCAGAUAGGAAACCCCAUUAUUUGGAUUUCUGAGUCUUGCAAUUAGAACCAAGAUAAUAUUUUAUGGACUUUUUUAAAAUGUGAAACGUCAGGGAGACUAAUGUUUUGACUGUUCUUUGUGUAUUUUUAUUUAGUCAUCAUUGUGAAAGACUAAUGUACAUCACAUAAUGGGAUUCUGUAUUGCAGGUGAUGUUGGUGCCUUGGGCUGGUGGGAUUUAUUUAUAAAUUAUGGGUAUGCAUAUUUACUUCUGUCAGUGCUGAAAAAUGGUUUCUUCUUGAUCUCUUUUGUCUCUUUUGUAAAAACAUUCCGAUUUCUGUUGCACAGAAUUGCAGAGUGUUUUGCUUUUCUUGUCUGUACAAAGUGGUCCAAUCCUAUGAUCCAUCGGGAAGUGCAUCAUAGAGAACCUGGUUCAUCCUCAAAUGCGAUUCGAUACCGUGAAUGGAACAGUGGUUUGGUUCUUCCUUCAUUUGAAGACCAGCAGCAAGAGCAAUUGUGUGGUUUACCAGAUAUUGGAGGCCAUAUUAUGAAAGUUCCUCUGGUGAUUUUUCAGGUUCUUCUCUGUAUGCAUCUGGAGGUAAUUAUACCUUCCCAGGCUUGGGGGACGCACAAAUAUUUUCCCUGCUCCAUAUUUUCUUUAUUUACUAGACUUUUAGUUAUUUCUGUUAAUGUUAAAGAUGUGAACUUGUUCUGUAAAACUUGCUGUAAAUUUAUCUAUUCAUGGAACCUUGAAAAUAUUUUGGUCGUGGUGGUUUGGAACCCCCGUUUGGUGGUGGAUUCGAGUGUGCAUAGAGGUUUUGGAUUUGACCUCACCUGAAGGAAGUCGGUUGGUGGAGCCUUUGAAUAAUGUUGAAACCAUAUGACAGUUGUAAAAUGAUUGAAACCACUUGGCAGCUCUAACAUCCCCCCACGGUGAUAGGUUGUCUGGCCACUUAAUUGUCGCACCUAAUGUUGAAUUUUAUCCCACAUCAUAUUGGGGCUGAUCCUUUUGGCCGGUCGCACUUUGGGACCCUUGGACGUGGAUUAGGAUCCCUGGUCCAUAGUUCUUCUAGUGUGGGACAUAAACCGCUUAAGGAAUUUACUUCCUUUCAUUUUUGGAAUGGGCUGUCUUGUAUAAGACAAAGAAAGGCCUCUUCUCCCUGUAGCCUCCCCCAAAAAAAGGAAAACACAGUGGGAGAAGGGUUCUUACUUUCCCUUCUCCCUCCCUAUUUAUUGGGGUUCCUUCGAUUGGUGGGGGUUUGGUGUUUGGCAGAUGAGUAAGGCCUUUAGGAUUACCAGUCAUUGUGUGGCUAUGUAUAUUCUUUUCUGUCAUCUCCAAUGAAAGGGGGGAUGAAAAUCAACUGAUGGUUUUUCUGCCCUUUGGAUAUCUUAUGAUCUCUUCUAUUUUGUUUUUAUCAGUUUCAACCAUCAUCUCACAAUUGGCAGAGUCUCUCAUAUCAUAGUUCUUCCUUUCUCUGUGACUACUUGCUGGUCCUCCCACUGAACUGUUUCUCCUUCCAAUUGCUUCUUCCUCUCACUUUGGCUUGUCAUAUCUUCUUCCUGGUGAAUGAGGCUCAAACAUUUUGCAACAGGACUUUUUUGCCUUGCCCUUCUUUUUUUCUUCUCUUCUUGUUGGACGUUUCACCCUAUCUUGUCUGUUGUAUCUCCACUUUUGUAUGAUGCAACUUCCUAGGUACUCAGGUUUCGAUUCUCUUUCCUCUGGACUGCAGCUUCCACCCCAUUAGCGACUGAAGUCUAUGGAACACCUAGGAGGUUGUGGCCUAGCGUGCAGUUGAGUGCCAAGCAGAUAUAAAAGAAUUUGUUCCCACCAUUGUCUCGAGGCAGUGCUGAAACUUGUGACACCUCAUCCGUGGUCACUUCCCUUCUCCAUUUAUUACCCAUCCGCUUGCAACUCCCUUCUUCCAGCCUUAGAAGGAUUGGUUCACUUGCCCGGCCUCUAAAAAAGGGAUUGGAGUUUCUAGCCUCAAGGUGCUAUCAUAUUCCCUCUCUGGCUAUAUGUAAUGACUCUCUCUGGCCUUCGUCCUCCUUCCUAUCUCCAUGUUGUUUGUGUGGAAAGCUUCUUUUUGUCAAUGUAUCAUCUACCGCAUCAUUGCACUGAAACUAUUUUUAACAGGACACAAUUGUUAUGAAAUAAUCGGAUAGUCUUGGUGGUGAUAUUGCAUUAUCCUUAAACCAAUGAUAGUUGAGCUGCAGUAAGUAUCUUUUAAUCAUUGUCAACUCUGUUGCCGUCAAAGACUGUUUUAAUUAUUAUCAGCUUUGAUCUGGUUGAUCUAUGAAGUCUCAGUGGUUCUAUUUAUUGUGGACCUGGCCAAAUAGUAUGAAAGUAUUCUUGAAUAUUAAAAUAUUCUGCUUUGGUGUCUGCUUAUUUGGCAUUCCUUUGAGAGGAAUUUUCUUCUGGCUAUGCUGAAUCUGUAUUAGUGCCAGAGAGUCGUUGGUAGUGAUUAAACUCGGGUUGUGAGUAUAACCUGAUUGUCAUCGGUUACUUCUACAAUCUCCUUGUUCCCUUUCUUCAAAUUUCUUGAACGAAUAUUUUUUGGCGUGGAACUUGUAUCUGAAAAAGCGACGUAUGAUGGAAACAUGUGAUAUAGUUUCCAAAAGUAUCUACCCAUGGUGCAAGUUGAGAUAGAUUUGGGUGUCACCCAUGAAUUUGGUUCUUUGUUGACAAGCUAUUAGUUUAAAUCCAUCUAAAUCCACAUUUUUGUCCAAUUUCUGUUCUACGUGGAAAAGUUGGUAGUCUUGUUAAAGUGCUUAUCUUGUGCCCGAGGUUUUUUCUGUUUAUUGUUAUGACCGUGAAGUAUUUUCAUUAGUGAAUAUGAGUGCUUACAUCCAAAAAAUGUAAUCAUCAUUUCAGUUAGACCUUUAAACAAAUGAAACCUAUAUUCUUUCUGAUUCCAGGGAACACCUGCAGCAGCACGGAAUAUCCCAAUUCUUGCCCUUUUCUCUCCACUUUUUCUCUUGCAAGGUGCUGGUGUUUUAUUUUCUAUCACAAGAUUGGUGGAGAAGCUUGUGAUCCUGCUGCAAGGUGGAUCUGUUACAGGAACCUGUCUAACGAUUUCUUCCAGAGCUCAUGACUGCUUUGCGUUCCUUCACCAUGGCUCAAGGUGAUUCAACUAUCUCUUCUUUUGAUCUGCACUUUUUGAUGUGAUCCAAUUUUAAUAAGAUACAUUCUUAUGCAUAAUUUUUUUUUCUAAUCCUUUACUUUUUCCUUUAAACACAAGACUGCUUGGAUGGUGGUCAAUUGACGAAGGAAGUAAAGAAGAGCAAGCUCGUUUAUUUCAAGCUGGAGCCAUUGGGUGAGUAUCUACAGUGGAAAGAGAGACAAUGGCAGUUAAAGUUCAUAACAUGUUUUCGAAGUGUCAAUCACAUUUUCUAUGUCCUAACAUUUCAUCGAUAUACUUUAUUGUUAGCUCAUUUACUUGCGAACUAUUUGGGAUGCAUUUUAGCUUGGAAUUUAGCCGCGGACUCCAGAUUGAUGUGUGUUUUGAAAGUGGGGGUAGCAGAAACACCACUUUGAUUGGAAUAAAUCCUUCAAUGAAACUGAGGUGAAAUAUUCGUGUCUAAACUGAAUAUUGCUGAGUGUCCAGUGAUUCUCUAUGACUCAUAUUUGAAGGAUUCUCUUUCAAAUGUAUUCACCAAUCCUUCCUAAACUUUUUUAUUUUCACCCUAACAAUGCAAGAGAAAAUUCAGCUAGUCCUGUAGUGCUCUCCCUGUUAUUGGGCAGGUUUUCUCUGUAAUUUACACCCUGUUUUGGCAUGACGCAAUUAUAUCAGGUGUAUUUUGUUUAUUUUGUUGAGAUUUAUCUCCAAUGCUCAGGGGAAUCAAUGUUUUCCUAAAUUCUCCUGUACUACAUUCUUCUUAGGUCUAUGAACUUUUAUAUUUUGUACACAAUCUAUUGUGUAAUGAGGUAUCUUUAGUGCCGUAGUAAACAUUCAUAUGAGAAAAGAGAAAUUACUGUUUACAUAUUUAACAUCUGUUUUCUAUGCUCAUUUGCGCCCUUAAUCAUGUUUGGCCAUUUAAGGCUUUAUCAGAUUUUAGUGGACGAUAACUACUCUUGGGUUCAGACUGCGUACUUCUGGCUACAUGCAAAAUUCUCUGCCCAAUGGUGUUCCAUGAUAAAGGCGGUUUCAGAUUUCUAUAACUCUUUUUUGUUUGGCUCUUGCUUUUGUAUGACAUAUCCUUUGAUUAUUUUACAGAAGAAUUGAAAACUGCAAGUUCCUACCACAGUACUUCCGAAUCCCUUAGAUCCGGGUCCAAUAGUUGAUCUUUCCAUUUACAUCACCUUAUUGAAUGAUAUUCGAAAUUUACUAGCAUUUUACCGUGCAUACGUUGCCAAAGUUCACGUUUAUUUAUGCAUCUAUAUGAUCUGGACAGGUACAAUACUUUUUGCGGGUAUCCACCUGAGGUUGUGAAGAAAAUGCCAAAGAAGGAUCUUGCCGAAGAGGUCUUCUCUUCUCCGCUGUCGUCGUUUUCUUUGAUUGAUAUUGGGUUCCGCCUGGCUCAGUUUUGCAUUAGUUCAGUAUGUGUUAAGCAACAGUCGCUGUGUUUCUAUUUGGCUUUCAGAUAUGGAGAUUACAGGCCGCUCUUGGUGAGCAAGCUGAAAUCACCAAGUAUAGCCAACAAGAAUACGAGAGACUUCAAAAUGUACUUUUCCUGAACUUACUUGGUAUAAUUGCGCUCCAGUAGUCUGAAGAGUUCCCUUGUGGGCCCAUCUUUAUCUGCUCGUCUGAAAAAGAAGUUAGACUUGUGUAAAAUGGCCCAUUUCAGUAGAUUGGCAGCUGCUUUCCAUGGUCUUGUGCAGAAAGGCACGCGCAUCCCAUUCCAAUUCAACCGUUACUCUUGAACUAGUAGUCAUCUGCCAAUCUGAUGCCCUUAUGAAAUACGGCAAUCUAGUAAUGAGAUUGAAACCCUGUUUGUUUUUUCCUCUUCUUGUUUCUCACAUUUCCAGGAAUAUCGUUGACCAUAUCUAUCUUUGGAUUCCAAUUCUCAUAUCUUUCGGUCUUGUUCUAAGUUCGUCCAAAACCAGAGCUGGUAUUUACCUUGAACUCACAUCACAUACUCUUGUGGAACAACCAAUCUCCAGGAAAAGAUUCUGUGUAGAAUAUGCUUUGAGGGGGAAAUUUGCAUGGUGCUUCUUCCUUGCAGGCAUCGAACUCUUUGCAAGUAUGCAAUCAUUCUCCCACUGCUUCUGAUUUGUUUUGCCCUUCCUGCCCUACCCUAUUUGGAAAACUUAAUUACCUUUAUUUUCCCAAAUGCUGUUUGUUUUGAAGGGCUUGUGCCGAGAAGUGCAAGAAGUGCCCCAUCUGCAGAGUAGCCAUCGAGGAGCGCAUGCCUGUAUAUGAUGUAUAG